CUCUAACCGAACCACCCGCCCCCCAAAGCCUGAUUUUCACGCACGGUAACAGUGACGGCGUUAAGGCUUUCGGUUUCCAUUUUUUUUUUUUUUUAAAAAAAGAAGCAAUUUUAUUAUCAAACACUUCAAUCAAUCAAAGUCCGGAGAGUACAGAUUAGAUCUGGCCCUUUGCUUGCUUUCCCUUUCACACCCCAUAAGUAAACACACACACACACACACUCAGCUCUCUCUUGCUCUAAGCACACUUCGCCUGCUGCUAUCACUCAACUUCUGCAGAUCUCUUUCCGCUUUGUUUUUUGCUAGUAGCGGAAUUCAUGAAAAUGUAGGUUAUGUGCUACUUGUCUCAGACAGGAGCAGAAGAGCUGGAAAAGUGUCAUUGGUUGAAUUGUGAGCUGGCUGAUACUUGUCGCCAAGAAGAGUACAAACAUCCAGGGUGCCUCUGCAGACAUACUAAUUAUGGCGGCAGAGCAGAUUCGGUUUCUGCAGCCACAGCAACCACCAGCACCUCGGCGCAAGCGAUGGGGCGGUUGUUGGGGUGGACUGUCUUGUUUCCGUAAACAAAAUGGUGGAAAGCGCAUUGUCCCUGCCUCUCGCAUUCCUGAAGCCAAUACCCUGUCUAAUCAGCCAAAUGGACCUCAAGCUGGUGGAUUGCCAAGUCAGACUACUGGGAUUGCUUUGUCUCUUUUAGCACCACCAUCUUCUCCUGCCUCUUUCUCAAAUUCUGCACUCCCGUCAACAGCUCAGUCACCCAGCUGUUUCUUGUCCGCCAAUUCACCAGGAGGUCCUUCGUCUACCAUGUUUGUAACAGGUCCAUAUGCCCACGAGACUCAACUGGUAUCUCCUCCUGUAUUCUCAACUUUCACAACCGAGCCUUCAACUGCUCCUUUAACUCCUCCACCAGAAUUAGCACAUUUAACAACUCCAUCUUCCCCAGACGUACCUUAUGCUCAUUUUCUUUCAUCAUCCGCAAAAAUCAAGGGCACCGACAGGACGAGCUACAUUGCUGGAAAUGAUCUUCAAGCAACAUAUUCUCUGUAUCCUGGAAGUCCUGCAAGUACGCUCAGAUCACCCGUUUCAAGGACUUCCGGUGAUUGCUUAUCAUCAUCUUUCACCGAAAGAGAGUUUCCCCCUCAGUGGGAAUCUUCAAUUCGCUCACAAGAGCACGCCACAAAGUCCGACUCGGGCUGGUUUCUCGGGCUCCCAGCAGCUGGUGCCUCUAAGUCACGUCAAGAUUCCAAUUUCUUCUGCCCGGAGACAUUUGCCCAGUUCUAUCUCGACCAGUCAUCAUUUUCUAAUUCUGGCGGUAGGCUAAGUAUUUCCAGGGAAUCGGAUGCUUACUCAAAUAAUGGAAAUGUGCAUCAGAAUAGGCAGAACAAAACUUGCAAACCUGACGCUGAGGAACUUGAAGCUUACAGGGCAUCCUUUGGGUUCAGUGCUGAUGAAAUCAUCACCACAACUAACUAUGUAGAGAUUUCAGAUGUCUUAGAGGACUCCUUUAGCAUGACACCUUUUGCCUCCAUUAAACCUGUUGCAGAGGAACAUAUCUUAACCACAACAACAAACGACAGGGCAGAAACCCAGAAAAAAAAGGAAGAUUUUCCAACGGUUUGCAUGAGGGAGUGCUGGAUUCAUAUAAUGGUCUUAAAGUUCAAGUCUCACAGAAACAAUCUGGAGAUGCUGAACGUAGUUGUCAUAUUCACCACAACUUGAGUGAUGACGACGACUUAUUCUCAAAGAUGGGAGCUCCCAGAAUUGGCCGGAAAUACCAGUUUGGUUCAUCAAAUUCUGAUGCAGAAAUCGAGUACAGGAGAGGGCGAAGCUUGAGAGAAGGCCGCAGCCGCAGCCGUAGAGAACACUAAAAAAGUUACUAGGCCUGGCACAAAUGGCUAGGAAGACGCAAACUGUUGCUUGUAUGUAUUUGCAUCGGUUGUCUUUACUUCUGUUGGGGACUUCACAUCCUCAACGAUCUAUAUCUAACCUUUGGUCCGACACUCGCUUGACUUUCCUUUUGUGUGUCUGUCGUAUAAUAUGUCGUCUGGGGAGUGUCUGUGAUAUUACAUUACUUGAAGAACUCUCCCACUGGAUCCUCCGAGUAGUAAAUAUUCUCGACGUGGAUCAGUUGGAGCAAAAUCAAACAUGGAACUUUUUGUAUGUAAAUGCUAGUAUAUGCAUGGAUUCAGAGUGGUAGUAACUUUGAACCUUGUUUCCUGAGAAGAACUUCAUGAAGCCUACGUGAUGUAUUGAGGUUAUUACCAAGUAGUUUCCCUUGAUCGUGGAAUUAUCCCUUGGUCUUAAUUUAGUUUAAGAAGGGUUGUUCCCA